AUGGAGAACAGGACAGAAGUGACGGAGUUCAUCCUGCUGGGACUGACCAGUGACCCAGGUCUGCAGCUUCCCCUCUUUCUGACGUUCCUGCUCAUCUACACCAUCACUCUGGUUGGGAACCUGGGGAUGAUCCUGCUGAUUGUCUUAGACUCUCGUCUCCACACUCCCAUGUACUUCUUCCUUGGCAACCUGUCUCUGGUGGACGUUUGCUACUCUUCAGCUGUCACUCCCACAGUCAUGGCUGGGCUCCUUGUAGGCAAUGAGAUAAUUUCCUACAAUUCUUGUGCUGCUCAGAUGUUCUUUUUUGGAGCCCUUGGUACUGUGGAAAAUUACCUGUUGGCCUCAAUGGCCUAUGAUCGCUAUGCAGCAGUGUGCAAGCCCCUGCACUACACCACCACGAUGACAACCAGGGUGUGUGCAUAUCUGGUCAUAGGCUCCUAUUUCUGUGGUUUCUUGAGUUCCUCCUUCUACAUUGGGGACACCUUCAGUCUCUCCUUCUGCAAGUCCAAUGUUGUCCAUCAUUUCUUCUGUGAUAUUCCAGCAGUCAUGGCUCUUUCUUGCUCUGAUAGACAUGUUAAUGAGCUGAUUCUUCUUCCUUUGUAUGCCUUCAAUGUGUUUUUUGCUCUUCUUAUUAUCUUAAUGUCCUAUAUACUUAUUUUUAGCACAAUCUUAAAGAUGCGCUCAGGUUCAGGACACAGGAAGGCUCUGUCCACCUGUGCCUCCCACUUCACGGCUGUCUUCAUUUUCUAUGGGACUCUAAUCUUCAUGUACUUACAGCCCAGGUCCAGUCUCUCCAUGGACACUGAUAAAAUUGUUUCUGUGUUCUAUACUAUGGUCAUCCCCAUGCUGAACCCUAUGGUCUACAGCCUAAGGAACAAGGAGGUCAAGUGUGCAUUCACCAAGUUCAUUUGGGAGGCAGAAUAA